AUGGAACCUGCGCCAACCGGUAGUGUGUUUCCGGUGCGACCGUCUCUGGACCAUUUGCUUGCGAUGGGAGAGGAUGAUGAGGAUGAUGAACAGCAGGAGGAAAAUACAUCGACUGAUGUCAACUCGCCUUUGAUGGAUGAAACGAUACAAAAGGAGAUGCAGCCCAACGAGGACGAGAAACCGGCAGUUGAGAGUAAAGCUGCAGAUGACGAGGGUGAGGACGAAGACGAUGGGGCUUCGGAAAUGACGGAACCACAGGAACAGCCGGUAACGCAACAGUGUGCGACUAAGGAGCAGAAACUGAUGGCCAAGGCAACCUUCGACAACAUCGCCGAAAGCACGGAUGAGCUCGCCUUCCGCAAGGGCGAAAUACUGACCGUCAUCGAAACCGACACCAACGGGCUCAAAGGAUGGUGGCUCUGCCAGCUCCGAGGUCGUCAGGGUAUCUGCCCAGGCAACAGACUAAAAAUUGUCCAAUCGCACGACUCGGGCUGCUUCACGCUGUCACCUGCCUCGUCUCCAUGCCCGACGAUCGAUUCGACCACGAACCUCAACAGCCCGAUACCGAGCGAGAUCUACGAGAACACGUCGCUAUGCAGCAGUACUAGCACCGGAAGCCAGCGGCAGGGCAAACGACGCUCGUGGCACAUCAUGCCCAACAAGGUUCUCACGCCGCAAAAAUGUGGAGACGUAUAUCUGUAUGAUCUGUUGCCACCGACGUCGGCGCGCGUAUGCUCCAGUGGUCCUCCAUACCAGCAACAGCAUCCCCAUUCAGCUUCUGCAGACGCCCUCGAUACAUACGACGUGCCGAAGCCGGCCAUUCCCAUAGGGCACGGUGGACCAACGACUCCGGGAACCGGGUACGAUCCCCAGCAUCAUUCACACCAUCGGACAACGUGGAACCGGACGCCAUCACACCCAUACGGCAGUGGCCAUCCUUUGGCCCAACAACUGCAACAUUAUCCUCCAUCUGCGCUGUCCUCACCAUCGCCAUCAUCCUCACUAAGCUUCCCGCAUCCACAUCCUUCCGGACACCACCAUCAUCAUCAACACCAUCAUCAACUGCACCAGCAGUACCCACACUUGCCACCCGGUGCAUACAGGAUGGAGGAAUCCUAUGACGUACCGCGGCCUCUGCUCUCCCAGCAGCAGCACUUGACGCCAAGCAGCUCCAACUCGUCGUUGCUAACGUCUGAAAGCUUCAGCUUGUCGUCCUCGAACCGUUCCUCGCUGGCCAACAUGCCCGAUUAUGACGUACCACGUCGCAAUCCGGUGUCGGUGCGUUCCACACCCCCACCACCAUCGUCGGCUGCUGGACAGGGAGGACCGGGAACGCCCAGUUUCACAACUAGCCAUCAUUCGAUGUCGAUGUCCUCCUUUAGCAGCAUGUCGACGUAUGAUGUGCCACCAUCGCACAUGCACUCUUCUGGUGCUAACGCAAGUGGGUACGUUUCGGGCAAACUCCACCAGCACCAGCCGGUGAUACCGAAGGAGCUACCACUGGAACUCUCUUCCGCUCUGGAAACGCUCGCGAGACUGCAGAACGAAGCCACGACAGCCGUUACUAGGUUACUCUCAUUCGUUUCUCCGAAUUGGAGGGUGAAGGAAAAAUUAGAUCCCAUCCUGAUGGACCUGAAGCUAGCAGCUGUACGACUACGAACUGCUUUGCACGACCUUGCGGAGUUCGGCGAUGGGGCCUUGGGUAAUGCGACUAAGGCAGAGGACAAAGGGUUGGCACAGAAGUUGAAACCGCUCGUAAAGGCACUGCGCGACGCGGAUAAACUCGUACACGAAGCAUCCCAAAAUCUGGAUGGUCAGGGCUGGACUCUCGUGACACUGCAACGUCCCGAAGCGACGCAGAAGUUACAGCAACAGCUGCCUCCAGACAGUCUCGAUCAGCUGAUCGCAUGUGCGCAAACGCUCACCGAGGACGUCCGUCAGACCGCGUCCUUCAUUCAGGGCAAUGCGACCCUACUUUUCAAGCGUUCGCAUUCGACUCCGCACACGUCCGCCGCGACCACACCUCAGACGCCGACGGGUGCUGGGAAAGGAGUGGGACCAGCUGCUGGAGGCGAGUGGCCCGAGGACUACGAUUACGUCAGUCUCGAAUCCAAAGAGGCGUCUGCUCGAACAAAUGCCGAAAUCCGGGACGCGCUGCCAAACGAUCUGAAGAAGAACUUCGAGAACGUGGUGCGUAAUGCGGCUGAUGCGGCCGCAGCUACGGUGGCAGAGAAGCCGGAAGCGCUCGACCCGAACGACAAGUCCGUGCUGGUGUACUACGCGUCACAGACGGUCACGCACAUGGGCUACCUCACGCAGGCGAUCGAUGCGUUCCUGCAGACGGUCGAACACAACCAGCCACCGAAGUUCUUCCUCGCGUACGGCAAAUUUGUGGUGCUGAGUGCCCACAAUCUCGUCAACAUCGGUGACAUCGUGCACCGGAACGUGUCACGCGAGUGCAUCAAGACACGUGUGCUUUCGUGCGCGGAUGCCCUCUCCGAGGCGCUUAAGACAUGCGUUGCGAAGACGAAGAAGGCUGCCCAGAACUUCCCCAGUGUCACCGCCGUGCAGGAGAUGGUGGACUCCGUCGUGGAUAUUUCGCAUCUAGCCAGCGAUCUGAAGAUCGCCAUGCUGGAAGCCGUUCAGCAGUAGGGAGGAAAUGGGGAGAACUAAAGCGUUCCUUAAAGCCAACAAAAGCGAGAUCCCGAAGACGCGAGUGUAGCAAAAAUAACAAGUAGAUCUCAAGGGGUUUCUCGGGUUGCUCUUGUUGUAAUCGAACAGUACUUGACUGCAAAAGGAGGAUAGAGUUGACUCCCGAACGAUCCGGGAAAUUAUUCAAGUCGGCCACGUGUGCGCAUACGCAAGCGAACUCACGUGCGCAGCAAAUGCCAAAUAUAGCAGAA